UGGAAUUUGUGAAAGCACCCCCAACCGCCAAAAACACGAAACAAAAACCUCUGAACCCGUUUCAAAUGGGUCCUCCUCUCUUCUGUCUUUAGGUUUUCCUUUCUCUCCCGAAAAUCAAAAUCCAAAAUCGAACGUUGUCUUUUCUCUCUCAUUCUCUCUCAUUUCAUUUCCCCAAUAUUAUCCUGACUCCUCUCUCCCUCCAUAACCAUGUCCACAAGGAUUUGCAAGUUUUAUGCCCGAGGAGCAUGUUUGAAAGGGGAGCAAUGUGAUUUUUAUCAUGAGAGAAAAGAUACAGAUGUUUCUGGACAGCAGAUUUGCACAUUCCAUCAGAAAGGACUCUGUGCUUAUGGUAGUCGAUGCAGAUAUAAGCAUGUCAACGUUUCUCAAGCAUCAUCUUCAGCAAAUGGAUGCCAAUCUGUUGUUUUGGAUUCUGCUGCAGCUCAUACUAUUCAAGGAGCAUCGUCAAGUUGGGUUCCAAAAGCCACAAAGAUAUCUCCGUCUGACAAGCAUGCAAGGCGUUCACUACAUAAGCAUCAGGACUAUCUAGGGAAUGUUGAUGUUAGUGAAUCAAGUACUAGUAGUGUGAUACCAUCUGAGCAUCUUCUUUGUACAUUUGCUGCUGCAAACUGCCCUCUAGGAGAUAAAUGUUCUCGUGUUCAUGGAAAUCAAUGUUUAUACUGUAGAAAAUAUUGCUUGCAUCCUACUGAUCGAAGGGUAAAAGACAAUCAUUUGCGGACUUGCGAGAAAAAGGAAAAAUACCUACAGAGUUUGAAAGAUAGUCAAGAAAUAGAAUGCAAUGUUUGUCUUGAGCGUGUUUUAUCGAAACCUAAGCCGGCUGAAUGUAAGUUUGGGCUGCUUCCGGAAUGCGACCAUGCUUUUUGUAUAUCCUGUAUCCGUAACUGGCGUAGUAGUGCCCCAACCUCUGGAAUGGACUUUAAUAAUACUACUAAUACAGUGAGAACCUGCCCUGUGUGCCGCAAACUAUCAUAUUUUGUCAUUCCAAGUGGUAUUUGGUAUUCUACAAAGGAAGAGAAACAGGAAAUUAUUGAUAAUUACAAGGCAAACUGCAAGUUAAUUGAUUGUAAACAUUUUAACUUUGGAGAUGGAAACUGUCCAUUUGGGACCAGUUGUUUCUACAAGCACACUGUGAAACCUGGUUCAUACACAUGGAUUCAUAAGAGGCCACCACCUAGACGAAGACCGAACAAUCUUGAUAUGUAUGAUGUAUUGGAUAUGCUUGGCGAUGUUGAUUUAUCAGGUGGAGAAUUAUAUUCCAUCAUGAGGGACAAUGACAUGUUUGAUGAGAUGGAUCCCUAUGAAAUGAUGGCUAUCUCAGACAUGCUGGUCACUGGACCAGGUCCUUGCCCUUUUGAUUCCGAGGAAGAUGAUGACGUGGAUUUCAUUCGGAUGACUUCCUUGGCUGAAGCAUUGGCUUCUGGUGUCGAUGACUUUGGCCCGGAUGAUUUUAGAAAUGAUGCAUUGGAUCCAAUGGAGGCAGCAUUAUUUUCAAUGAUGAUGCAUUCUAAUAUUGAAGAAGAUGAGGAAGACAGUGAUGAUGAAAUUUAUUAGUUAUAUAAAAAGCCCAUACUUUUAACCUUGUUUUCUUGAAGUAGUGUUGCCUUUGCGGUGUUUUAUUUUGAAAAACAUUGGGCAGUAACUUCAUGAUCCUUACUUUAGUUUGGUGAUGCUAUUGCGGGUGUCUAUAACUGGUAUUCAGAUUGGUUUGACAUUUUGUAUAUUUAUAAUAUCAUGUUAUUUGAAGGUGUUUUGGCUUGAGGAUUUUGCUUGGUCUUGGCACAAAUUGCCCGUCUAGUUUUGGCUUGUAAUUCUUACGUUAAGUAAGCUAUUCUACAAAUGCUUGUAAGUUUAAAUUGAUGGGGAUUAUCUUGACUUCUCAUAA